AUGGCUUUUCUGAAGAAAAAGCUGUCAAAUGUAAACCACUCAAACCGAUCAAGGUCCGGUUCUGCUUCUUCAAACAAAAUCUCGCUGGGCUCGCCAUCUGCACCCAACAGUCCAGAUGUUAAGAUGCCAGAUCUGCCGCCUAAGAUUUCUCUCGAUAACGGCGUGGCUAAAACGUCAUUUUUGUCAGUGAACAGUGCUCCUGCAACUCAUUACGGCGAAAGUGUCCUUGCAGAACAAAUGGCGACUAACGGGUUCACUUUCGAAGAUAACUCGAAUCAAGAGGGCCGAAACGUGGCAGGAGCCAGUCCAGUUGCUCCUCUAGAUCCACUGGAAAUCGGCAUACCGUGUGGGCCGCGGAAAUCGUCUGGUGGCAGCGUCAAUUUACUGGACAAGCUUCUCUACUCGUGGGACGUCACAAAUCCUGAGGAAUGGACCAUGAUUCGGGUUCUUUCAUGGCUAAAAUACAACGACUUUGACGAUUCUUGGCUAUGCUACUUUCGUAAACGUCACUUGUAUGGCCAUAAGUUUCUAAAGCUGAUGGCAUACGACAAUUUUGUACAGCAUGAGCCCAGUCUGCCCCAAACCAAAUGUGCUUCCUACCAUCGGUUUCAAUACCUCUUGAAAAGGACGCUAGAACAAAACGUUGUGAACGGCCAUAUGCGCUCUCGAAGCGACAAAUCUGUGGGGUCCAGAAGCUCAAGCGACUCUUUUAAGAUUAGAACAAGAAAGAAAGAAGAUGACACCAACAGCCGAGCAUUUUCGGAGUCUUCCACCAUUGGGCACAAGAAAGCUACAAUGGACGCUGCUGAAGAGAGACCAGUCUCUCAAUUCAGAAACGAUCCCAAAACUCACAGUGCUAGCUCAGUAUACCGCCGAAGCUUCAUAUCUCUGCGUGGUAGCAUUUCCAAUGUAUCGCAGAACAAGGUGGAAAGUAACAUCAAUUUGAAAAUACCACCAAGGCCUUUGUCGUCCGUCGAGAGCCUAGCUCCCACGGAUCGACAUAACACGCGUGUAUGUUCGUCUCCAUUGUCACCAACGUGUACAGGAAGAUUCAGAAGACAGCAUAAAAGCAGUUCCUCCGAAUCGUCAAUCUUCAACACCCUCUUUGGAACAAGCAAUGAUUCAAGUGGUCAAUAUUUAACCGCAGAAACCUCCAAAAAAAAAUUGACUAAAAACUUCAAAAGCACCUCACUGGAAAACCUGUCGCUGGAAGCAUCUGCUUACAGUCCCUUAGGAGCAACAAGUUCUCGAAAAAUCGUUCCCUCCAACAUGGAAAAGGGUAGUUUGUGGGAAAAGUUGAAGAGGAAACCUGUACAACUCGACACAUCUUUAUCAAAAACCUCAACAAUAAUAUCCGAGAAUGAAUCUUCAGAUACCAGAACCCUCGUGAACUCGAAAAUUAAUAGCUGGGGCGAGUUUAAUUGGGAAAGCUAUGGGCUGGAAAAGAAGUACUACCCGCUGAAAAAUCAUGACGGCGCGGACAAGUACAUUUUGAUUACAAAAGACAACAGAUCUUUCAUACCAUUAAAUGUCGGAGUUAUAACCAACUUAGACGAGUUGAAGGAUUCGAUGGCCCUCACACUUGGUAUUCGACAUAAAAACUAUACCGUUCAUCUCACGGAUUUUGGCUGUGAUAUUGGCUGUGCAAUUGAUGACGAACUGAUGGAAAGUAUGAGAAGCAACUUAUUCUAUAAUGUUCCCCAUAAGUUCUUUGUCAAAGAUCAAAUGAGAAUUCAACUCCGGCCAGCCAUGAAAACUAUGACGAUUGAAGCGACAGCACCCAAUAAAACAGUGAAGAAUAAAGGGUCCGCAAAGUCGGCAAAUAGCAGCAUACUCAGUUCCAAUGAUGACAUUUCCGCAGCCACAUCCUUGUCAGAUGUCACCUCUUUUGAUGAUAUAGCUCGCGCUUCCGGUCGAGCUGCGUAUCCCCAAACUCCAAACUCAUACUAUGGUGCUGUGAUGCCUAAUUCGAGCUCUGAAAUUGACUACUGGACGCUGAAAGAUACUCAAGUAGAAGAUUCUGUGGCACAAAAUUUACCCAAAGACCAUGUCAGAACUGUUCGUAGAGGACUUUCGUCUGGCGAAGUAACUACUAACCGAAAUGCGGAAUCGAAUCACUCAUUCCAAGUUAUCAGGAAGAAAAGUGACGACGAAAUAAACUUCAAUAACAGACGCGCUUCACCGUAUGUGACGCCAGAUUUUGCACCAAGAAGAGAGGCUCCGAAACCGCCUACAAGCUCUCAAAACUCUUUGGUCUCGUCGGGGUCGAACAGCACGACUUCUUCACCGAAGGUUCAAAAACUUGGCAAGAAGUCUACUAUCUCGCGUAAGGCUCGGCCGCCUCCUCCCUCGACAAGUUGGCACCAGUUCGUUCCUGGAGGUCCGAAUGUUCCUCCUUAUGCUCUGCCAAGCUCUUGUACUGGCUCAGCCGAAACCGUGGUGAACUCUUACACACCAGGGUCGACACAGAUCCUUGUACCACAACCCUACAAAGGUAAGAGCAACGACGGAAGGACACUUUCGGACGAGCCCAUGGUUUCCUAUUCGUAUAAUUCGCGGGGGAGUAGGUCAGGGUCAAGUGUCAAUUCACUUGUACAAUCUCCCCCUCAAUUGAUUAAAAGGACCAGCACCAAACGAAUUGUGUCCUCUGCGUCUGCUGCUGACGUCUUUGAUGAGAAUGAGGUUUCGUUUGCGGAAGCCCCCGGACUUUCCGAGGUGGAAGAUAAUGACUCCCAAAGCGACUCCUCUGAUGACAUCAUCUGGUCAUCUGCUACCAAAGAUCUAAAGCCUACCUUGAAAGGGAAUCUUCAGAUCUCAAUACAUCCAUCCAGCAGCGAGAAUAUUACCGAUGAUAUUUCAGAUCAUACAAACCGGGAAGAGCGUGGGCUGAAUAAUGCUGACACCAAGUCAUCUGGUGACCAGAUGACUCUAAGGCCGUCGCCUGAAAUCGUCUAUCAAAAUCUUGAACGCUUUUUCCCAGGAACUGAUCUUGAUAGACCCAUAGUCGAGGGUGUCACUCCUCCGCCGUCGCCUCAAAGUGCCAAACCUUCUUCGCCGGUUCUGCGCAACUCUUCGAAGGAAUCGCCGACCUACGACUCACACUCUCCAAACAGUUCUAGAUUAGGAACGCCGCAGACAAUGAUAGCGCACACAACCCAAAGUUCACAGGAGACUCUGCCUUCAACAUCAAAAUCUCUUAAGAUUCCAAAGCGAACGAAAACGAUUAGAACAAUUGCAAGAGAAGCCAGUGAGGCAAGGAGAACAUCUAAAUCACGUAGUCUAGGAAGAAAAAAUACGAAAAUGUGGGGAACUCGGGUGGUAGAGGUUACCGACAAGAAGUUGGUUGCUAUCAAUAAGUCAAAAAACUCUAACGGUGAGUACAAGGAAUUUGCAUGGAUCAAGGGUGAAAUGAUAGGAAAAGGAUCAUUUGGGUCUGUGUUCCUGGGUUUGAAUGUGACAACCGGUGAAAUGGUGGCAGUAAAGCAGGUCGAAGUUCCAAGAUAUGGUUCGCAAGACGAGACGACUUUGAACGUCCUGGAAGCUCUUAGGUCAGAAGUGUCUACGCUCCAGGACUUAGAUCACAUCAACAUCGUACAGUAUCUCGGGUUUGAGAACAAGAAUCAUUUCUACAGUUUAUUUUUGGAGUAUGUGGCAGGCGGUUCUGUCGGCUCUCUUAUCCGGACAUUUGGCUGCUUUGAAGAGCCUCUCGUCCGCUUUCUAGCUGUGCAAGUGCUACGUGGUCUUUCUUACCUCCAUUCGAAGGGUAUUUUACACCGGGAUAUGAAAGCAGAUAAUCUGUUACUGGAUGUGGAUGGUAUUUGCAAAAUAAGCGAUUUCGGUAUCUCAAAGAAAUCUAGCAAUGUCUACACCAACUCAGACAUGACUAUGAGGGGCACGGUAUUCUGGAUGGCGCCCGAGAUGGUUGACACGAAGCAAGGCUAUAGCGCAAAAGUUGAUAUAUGGUCCUUGGGAUGCGUGGUUCUCGAGAUGUUUGCGGGCAAACGUCCAUGGUCAAAUCUCGAAGUUGUCGCUGCAAUGUUGAAAAUAGGUAAGUUCAAAUCAGCUCCUCCCAUACCAGAAGACACACAGAAGCUGUUAUCGUCGGAAGCCAAAGACUUUUUGAAUGCAUGCUUUAGUAUAGAUCCCGAAAAGAGGCCAACUGCCGACGAGCUAUUGUUGCACCCAUUCUGUCAAGUUGAGAAAUCUUUCGACUUUCGCGAAACGAACCUUGCUAGGCUAAUCAAACAACGAUAG